AUGACUCAUAUUCGACAUAUAUUUGAUUUAUUUGUAAAUAAUUGUAAAAAUACAUAUACUGUUUCCGAAUACUGCACGAUUGACGAAAAAUUACAAUCAUUCAGAGGUCAUUGUUCUUUUAGAGUAUAUAUGCCAAAUAAGCCCGCAAAAUAUGGACUAAAAAUUUUUGCUUUAGUAGAUAGUAUUAAUUAUUACACACUCAAUAUCGAACUUUAUGCUGGUAAACAACCAGAUGGUCCAUUUUUAGUUGAUAAUGCUGCAUCUUGCGUUGUAAAACGAUUAGCAAACCCAAUUUUGAAUACUGGUAGAAAUAUUACAUUUGACAAUUGGUUUACUAGUUUUCCAUUAGCAGAUUAUUUACUCCAAAAUAAAACAACUAUGGUGGGCACAGUUCGAAAAAAUAAAAGAGAAAUCCCUCCCGAGUUUCUCAUUUCAAAAGGUCCGUGA